CCUUUCCUCUUAUUUACAAUCGCCCGGCCGCUGAGUAACCGGUCGCAAAGUCCCGAGAAAUCUGCCCAUAAAAAAGUAGCCAAAAAGAAAGAAAAAAAACCCCCAGACAACUGAGCAAAAUUCAUGGAUAUGCGCGAUAGCUUCAUUGAUCGUGAAGCAGAAAUGGAUGAUGACGAUGAGCUGGAUCAGGAAGAAUUCGAUGAGGACACCGGCGAAGUGCGCAGAAAAGCCGACAAACCGAACAAACCGCCGAAAGACUUUGACGAUAGCAGCGAGGAAGAGGACGAUGAUGACGACGAAGAGGCGGCAAAGAUUCGCGAAGGCUUUAUCGUUGACGAUGAGGAAGAAGACGAGGAGGAAGAGCAGGCGGACGGGUCUAUGGUUCUGGUCAAGAAGCGCAAGAAGAAGAGGAGACGAUCUAAUCGCGAGGAUGAGGAGGAGGAAGGCCUAGACGAAGAUGAUCUUGACUUGGUCUUGGAGAAUACCGGUCACGAGAUUGAUAGAUCUAGCCAGAGUAAGUUCAAACGAUUGAAGCGUGGAAGAGAAGAUGCCGAAAAGCGCCGCCGACAACACUCUCGCGACCUAGAAGAAAUCUUCUCCGACGAAGAAGACGCACCUGGUGAGCCCGACGAUGACGACGAGGGCCUCGAUAAUCGCCGCGGUGGUGAGAAUGAGUUUGAAGACUUCAUUGAAGAGGAUGAGAUGUCCGAAGACGAACGCGGCGGGGGCGGAAGCGACGAUGACAUGCAAAUGGUCAGACGGCGGAGAAGAGAGAGUAAUCAGCACCAAGGAAGCUACGCUCCCCAACGCCUAGGGUUACGUGAGGGUGCUAUCUCGGAUAUGCACGAUAUCUUCGGAAGAGGUGAUGAAUACGAUUUUGCGCUUGUGACAGAGGACGAUCCAGAACAAGAAGAGGAGAGUAGGGAAAAGGAGUUGGAGUUGAAGGAUGUUUUCGAACCGAGCGAGUUGGCGGAGCGUAUGCUUACGGACGAGGAUAAUGUGAUCCGCCAAACUGACGAGCCGGAGCGAUUUCAGUUGGCCAGGAGGCCGUUUGCACAUCUCAAGAUUGGUGAAAGGGAACUCGAGGAGGAAACUGAAUGGAUCUCCAAGUUUGUUCUAGCUAAAAAGAACUUGCCCCCACACCAAGAGGAGCCUUUGAUGAAAACGAUCAGGAGUGUGUUAGAGUUCAUUGUGAUCGAACAGAUGGAAGUUCCAUUCAUAUACCAGCAUAGGAAGGAUUACCUGAUCCAUACAGAGAGGGUUCCUACGCGUCGUCACAACGAUGGGGAAACUGGAUACGAGAUUGAAGCUACCAAACUCCUCACGCAAGACGAUCUUUGGGAGAUUCUUGAAUUGGACCUUAAGUUCAGGGCCUUCCUUGAUAAAUGUCGGGCAUAUGAGAGAACUUAUUCCAAUCUCAAAAUUGUUACGGAUACCUCGGAUGAUAUGGAGGCAGAAACUGGACUCCAGCGCACGGAGACUAUUGAGCAAAUACAGGAUCUGCACGAUUACAUUCAUUUCCGCUAUCACUCCCAACUGAAAGACAUGGCUAUCACUAACGGUGAGGGUCGCGGAAACGGCUAUAGGAGGCCUGGGAGUAGUAAGACUAUCUAUGAGCGUAUCCGUAAUGGAAAGGUUUACGGUAUGGUCCGUGCGUUCGGUUUAUCUGCAGCGCAGUUUGCGAUGAAUGUACGCUUCGACCAAAAGCGUGAAUACGCCGAGGAUCCUCACAACUAUCCCCAUGCAAUCUCAGAUCAGUACAUCGACGAUCCCGAGUUCCCGACUGGGGAGUCGGUAUUGCAAGCAGCCAAGCUCAUGCUCGCUGAAGAGCUUUUCACAAAUCCGACUUUAAGGAGGUCAAUGAGAGACAAAUGGUUCACGAGAGGCACAAUUCACGUUAACGUGACGGAGAAGGGCGUCCGCCAGAUUGAUGAGCAGCAUCAAUACUAUUCGAUUGCAGUACAUCCUGCAAUGUACCUGCGUAUGAUGAAAGCUGAGCAAGAAGGCUAUGUCAACGUAGAUGUCAAUCUAGAGAGCGAAGACAAGUUCACUCGGCGACUAUACGAGUACAUGACAUCUGAAAACGUCAGCGAUAUCGCAGAGUCUUGGAACAAGGAACGAAAGGAAGUCGUUGACAUGGCGAUGGGAAAGUUUAAGUUAAUGUUUCAAAAAGCCAUCAAGGACGAAUUACGAACUGCCUGCGAGGAUUCUAUUGCGGCCGAUUGCCGUAGAUCCUAUCUUAAGAAACUCGACCAAGCGCCCUAUAAGCCGAAAGCAUUGAAACUUGGUGAAAUCCCGCGAGUCUUUGCCUUCUCGAAUGGAUACGGAGAGAGAGGCCGGGAUGCUAUCGUCGGUGUCUUUAGGGACGAAGAUGGAAGGCUUCUCGAGACCGUCAAGUUUACUGAUCUCAAGGAUGACACGUCUCGAACUAACUUUAUUGAAGUUCUCAACCGCCGUAAACCCGAUGUUAUCGCUGUGGCAGGGUUCAGUGUACAAACCCAUAAACUUGUUGAGGAGAUUCGUGGUAUCGUCGAGGAGGAGGACAUUAAUGUUGUCGGUGACGAAGUGGACGAUAGAUCCCCGACUGAGGUGAUGUUGGUGAACGAUGAGGUAGCUCGUCUAUACCAGAACAGCGACCGUGCUGCUCUAGACCAUCCGGAACUUCCACCGCUUUCGCGAUAUUGUGUAGCCCUUGCUAAAUAUGUCCAGAACCCACUCUUGGAAUACGCUGCAUUGGGUAAGGAUAUUGUCUCGAUCGCCUUCCACCCAGCACAACAGCUUUUGCCCGAGCACAAGCUCCAGAAAGCUCUUGAGACUGCUAUGGUGGAUAUGGUGAAUCUGGUUGGUGUGGAUCUCAACGAAGCUGCCAGCAAGCCAUAUGUUGCAAACUUGCUUCAGUACGUCUGUGGCUUCGGUCCCCGAAAGGCAGUUAGCGUCAUGAAGGUUGUCCAAGCAAACGGCGGACGAGUAUCAAGUCGUCUUGAAUUGCUCGGAGAUCGCGACAGGGGUUUUCUGCCAGUUGUCGGACCUAUGGUCUUUAUCAACUGUGCUAGUUUCCUUAUUAUACCCCACGAUCCAGCAGACCGAAACUCUGACUACCUCGACAAUACCAGAGUACAUCCCGAAGAUUAUGACUUGGGGCGUAAAAUGGCCGCAGAUGCUCUCGAUAUCGACGAGGAGGAUGUUGCGACCAUGGUGACAGAAGGUGGUGCCGGCGCUGUUAUCAACGAGCUCAUCAACGGGCAGGAUGAGAAGGUAAACGAGCUCAGUCUUGAGGAUUAUGCUGAGGAACUCGAGCGCAACUUCAAUCAGAAGAAACGUGCCACUCUCGAGACUAUCAGAGCAGAAUUACAACAUGCUUACGAGGAGCUUCGGAACAAGUACCAGAAGCUCAGCACCGACGAAAUAUUCACUAUGCUCACUGGUGAGACGAAAGAGACAUUGGCCGCCGGCAUGGUCGUUCCAGUUGCCAUUAGGCGAGUUACGGAUAGGUAUUGUGCUGUUCGGCUCGCCUGCGGAAUAGAUGGAAAUGUCUCAUUGGAUGAGAUGCACGAUGGCUCUUCUCAUUUUCUCCCAACCAAUUUCUACCAUGUUGGACAGACGGUACAGGCGAGGAUUGAAAAGCUUAAUGAGGAAACCUUUUUCUCAGAACUCUCCUUCCGCGAAGACAAGAUUAGGAACCCAUUGGUCAAGCGGAUCGAGUUCUUACCUGACGAAUGGGAUGAUGUACGGGAGGAGCGAGACAAAGCAAGAUUGUCAGUGGUCAACCAGGAGCAGACACGCACAGCCAGGGUUAUAAAACAUCCCCUUUUUAAACCGUACAACAGCAGGCAAGCGCAGGAAUUCCUAGCUGGCCAAUCUCGCGGCGAUGCUAUCAUUCGGCCCUCUUCCAAUGGUCCGGACCAUAUCGCAGUUACCUGGAAGGUAUCCGAUGGCAUCUACCAGCAUAUAGACGUGCUCGAACUGGAUAAAGACAAUGAGUUUACUGUUGGUAAAACGCUAAAGGUAUCCGGCAAGUUCUCGUAUAGUGACUUGGACGAAUUGAUCGUCACGCACGUCAAGGCUAUGGCCAAAAAGGUGGACGAACUGAGUCAUCAUUCGAAGUUUAUUCAGGGAACAAAAGCAGAAGCUGAAAAAUGGUUAGAAAAAUACUGCGAAGCCAACCCGAAGAGGUCAAUGUAUGGCUUUUGCUUUGACACCCAGCGUCCAGGCUACUUUCACUUGCUCUAUAAGGCCGGCGCCAAUGCCCGCAUAGGAAGCUGGCCCGUCAAAAUCAUCCCCCAUGCCUUCCAGCUCAGGGACACUCCAUUCCCAGAUGUCAUGACACUCUGCAACGGUUUCAAAACAAUGUUCCACCACAACUCUCAAAAAUCCCGAUCGCGCAUUUAA